UGAAAGAUGUAAAUCAGAUAAUAGAAGAGAGGGAGAAGAAAGAAGAGUUCGAAAGGGAAAUUGGUUCAGCGGCAUCAGAUUUCGAUCUGGAACGGUGCACUCCCUCCAACGGUGAGACUGGUUCGGUGACGGCAACGAUCGACGGCUCGAAGUGGAAGGGUUUCGUUCUUGAGGUUAGAAGAGAAACUCACCAAUAUAGAAUCAGAGAAUAAGGUCCUUUGUCAGCAGGCUGUCUCCAUGGCACCUAAUAAGAUCCUCUCAGGACGCUCCAGAUCAAUUCUUCAGAGAGGUGGUGAGAGUGGUCAUUUGUUUGUGGAUACAAAGACAACUUAGGAUCUGCAUAGCCCUUCAUUAAACCAAAGGGUCUUUCAGAAGUAGAGGACAAACCACAAAAAUCUCUUAAUGAGAAACAGCAAGAGAAUCAAGAGCUUCUUAUCCGAUGUAUUGGACAACACCUAGGCUUCGCAGGGAACAGACCAAUUGCUGCUAGUAUCAUCUACAAAUGCCUUCUACAGUGGAGAUCUUUUGAAGUUGAGCGGACUAGUGUGUUUGACCGAAUCAUUCGGACCAUAGGCCAUGCUAUCGAGACCCAGGAUAACAAUGACAUCUUAGCCUAUUGGUUGUCCAAUUCCUCGUCUCUUCUGCUGCUGCUACAGCGUACAUUGAAAGCAAGUGGUGCCGCUGGAAUGGGCGCCGUCGAUUAUCCUCGGCUACUCUGUUUAGAAGGAUGACACAGAGUUUCCGAGGAACUCCGCAAGGAGUUAAUCUUUCCUUUGUAAAUGGUGGCCUGACUAGUGGAGCAGAAGCUUUACACCAAGUUGAAGCCAAAUACCCAGCUUUGCUUUUCAAGCAGCAACUUACAGCAUUUGUAGAAAAGAUUUAUGGAAUGAUUCGAGAUAACCUUAAGAAAGAGAUUUCUCCAUUGCUUGGGUUGUGCAUCCAGCAACCACUAAGGUUUUGGCUUCAGAACUCCCAAAGCACUGGAACAAAAAAUGCACUGUCUUAUAUCCUUCUUCAGCAAAAGCUAGCACUGAGAUUAUGUUUAUUCGAUGUAUUACCAAAGGACUGCAGACUUGAUUUCUCUUCAUUCUGUUCAAUGGAAAAAAGACUUACACGGAAACUGAACUUGAUGAAGUGCGAGUUGAAUGGAUUAAUUUCGUACUAAAGAAUAUGAGUUGAAAUCCAAUGAGAUGAAGAGUCAGUGUGAUGAGAAAAUGUCUGAUUUUGUCUUUUAUAAGACAAGAACAGUCUCUACAAAAAUAGUAAGUUUAUUCAUAUGCUUUUAGUGGUUUAUGAAUUAAUUUGUGUUUUUAUUUUUCAGGUCAGAAAUUUUCUGGAGAGAUGCAAAAUAUGGUCAAAGAAUUC